GACACUGACUGCAGAGCUAAUAAUAUAUAAUGAUAAGAGAGAGGGGGGAUGGGGGCUACACUGAGCUGGUAACAACGGUAUAAAAGACCCGGGACGAAAAGAAGACAAAGUACACAAGGCGCCAACUUGUCCCGGAAAGCAGACAGCAAACAUACAGAAUGUCUCAGCCAGAGGUUAAGAAGAAGAAGAGGCCAGUUGUAAAGGAGGAGGACCUGAAAGGAGCCCGUAGUAAACUGGGACUAAAGGGAGAGGUCAAGAGCAAAACAUACGAGGUCAUGGUGGAGUGUGAGCGAAUGGGAAAGGUGGCGCCAUCUGUUUUCAGUGGAGUACGAUCUGGAAGCGAGACAGUGCUUGAGAAACCCAAGCCUCCAUCAGGAAGCGUGUUUGGCAAAUGAGUACAAAAUGGACGAAUGGACUUUACAUGGUGUUAAAUGUAUGUCUGUGAGCGCAUAGAGAAUGCUUUUGGCAUCCACAUCAUGAACGAAUUGACUGUAAUGUGGAUAAUUAUGCAUAUUUGUAAGUACUAGUUUGUUUUUUAUACUGCUUGUUGUUGCUGUUUCACAUGUUGCACUUAAAAACCUUAUGUGCCAAUUUUUAGUCUAAUGUUUUCUAUAUAAAAAUUGGCUAAAAGUA